GACUUUACGCACCAUGCGCCCUAUGUGACUGGAAGCUGUGAUUUCGCAUUUCUUUACGCGCAGAGAUGGUGCAUACAGAGACCGUGUCUGAAUGAAGAUAGGUUAUUGUACGUUGGAUGUCUAUUGUCGCACUCAGUCUUUAAAAUCGAUUCUGCACACUGCAAAAGGUAUUACAAAACCACAGAGUUCACCCCCUGGCAACUUGCCAGCCUCCAUCCAUUAUCUCUCCUGUCAGUACUUCAGGCUCUUAUUUCCUUGCUUCUAUCAACUUCUUCUCUGAAGGGGAUCCCGUCUCCCAGCCAUGCCAAAGAACACCAAGGUGACCCAGCGGGAGCACAGCAAUGAGCCGGUCACUGAGUCAGUGGCUGACCUGCUGUCCCUGGAGCACCCCAUGGACUAUAAGAGCAGUCAGAUGAGUAUGGGUCUAAGUCCUGGCUCCACUGCUCCAGUAAAGGCCCUGCUGCCUUCUCCUGACCCAGAUGCAGAAGAUGGCCGACCAGCAUGGAACAACAAGUUGGAGUACAUCCUGGCCCAGGUGGGCUUCUCUGUGGGUCUGGGUAACGUCUGGAGAUUUCCCUACUUGUGUCAGAAAAAUGGUGGAGGUGCAUACCUGGUGCCAUACUUGAUUCUUCUCAUCCUCAUUGGAAUCCCACUGUUCUUCCUUGAGCUGGCAGUGGGUCAGAGGAUCAGGCGUGGCAGCAUUGGGGUGUGGAACUACGUCUACCCAAGGCUGGGGGGCAUCGGGGUCUCCAGCCUGAUGGUUUGCGGUUUCGUGGGCCUCUAUUAUAAUGUGAUUAUUGGAUGGAGCAUCUUUUAUUUCUUCCAGUCUUUUCAGUAUCCACUGCCUUGGGCUGAAUGCCCCAUCCACAGAAACGGAACCCAAGCCAUUGUGGAGCCAGAAUGUGAGAAGAGCUCAGCCACCACUUACUUCUGGUACCGCCAGGCUCUUAACAUCACCAGCAGUAUUGAAGACACUGGCGGCCUAAACUGGAAGAUGACCCUAUCCCUGCUGGUGGCUUGGAUCAUGGUCUGCCUGGCUGUCAUCAAGGGCAUCCAGUCCUCUGGAAAGGUGAUGUACUUCAGCUCUCUGUUCCCGUAUGUGGUGCUGUUCUGUUUCCUGGUGCGGGGUUUGCUGCUGAAGGGAGCGGUGGAUGGCAUCGCUCACAUGUUCACCCCUAAGCUGGAGAAGAUGUUGGAACCACAGGUGUGGAGAGAAGCAGCUACGCAGGUCUUCUUUGCCCUCGGUCUGGGAUUUGGAGGCGUCAUUGCUUUCUCCAGCUACAACAAGCGAGACAAUAACUGCCACUUCGAUGCAGCGCUGGUUUCCAUCAUCAACUUUCUCACCUCCAUCUUGGCCACUUUGGUAGUGUUCGCUGUCCUGGGGUUCAAGGCGAAUGUGAUGAACGAGAAGUGUGUUGUGGAGAAUGCAGAGAAGAUUCUGGGUCACCUAUACACAGGUGUGCUGAGCAGAGAGCUCAUCCCUCCUCACAUCAACUUCUCCCACCUGACUGCCCAGGACUACGCAGAAAUGUACGGAGUUAUAAAGACGGUGAAGGAGGACAGCUUUGGCCAGCUGGGCCUGGACCCCUGUAUCCUGGAGGAUGAACUGAACAAGGCAGUUCAGGGCACCGGUCUGGCAUUUAUCGCCUUCACAGAAGCCAUGACACACUUUCCCGCAAGUCCCUUCUGGUCCGUCAUGUUCUUCUUCAUGCUGAUCAACUUGGGCCUGGGAAGUAUGAUCGGCACCAUGACCGGCAUCACCACGCCCAUACUGGAUGCCUUCAAGAUCCGCAGGGAGAUCCUGUGUGUGGUUUGCUGUAUCAUAGCCUUCCUGUUAGGACUACUGUUCGUGCUGCGUUCAGGGAAUUACUUUGUGACAAUGUUUGAUGACUACUCUGCUGGUUUACCUCUCAUUGUGGUGGUGAUCCUGGAGAACAUCUCUGUAGCCUGGAUCUAUGGAACUAAGAGGUUUAUGCAGGACCUGGAGGACAUGCUUGGGUUCAGGCCAUACACCUUCUAUUUCUACAUGUGGAAGUUUGUGUCGCCUGCAGUCUUGAUAGUGCUCAUCAUUGCCACUGUCAUUGAGAUGGCCAUCAGUCCUGCAGGAUACAGUGCCUGGGUGGAAGCUGAGGGCGCAGACCGUUUUCAAAGUUAUCCUCCCUGGGCUUUAGCCAUGGCCUAUGCUCUCAUUGUCGUUGCCAUGCUGCCUUUACCCAUCGUCUUCAUUGCACGCCACUUCAGCCUUGUCUCAGAUGGCUCCAACAAGCUGUCCGUCUCCUACCGUAAAGGUAUGAUGAAGGACAUCUCCAACCUGGAAGAGCAGGAUGAACAGCGUUUCAUCCUCAGCAAGAACCCCAGUGAGGCUCCUUCACCCAUGCCUGCCCACCGGGCUUACCUGGGCCCCGGGGGCACCCAGGAGAUGACCAAUACCAACUACGGCACCAGCACCAAGACGGGCUACCAAAAUAUUGGCUCUCCUGAAUCUGAGCUAUGAUCCACUGACUGUUGUGUGCUGCUGACCUAAUCCAGUAGAUAAAAUCCUGAUGUGACAGUCAACUGGGACCACUUAUGUAAGCAAUCUCUUUUCUGUGUUUCUCACUGGAACUGCGGUGGCUUCCAGCACAAAACUGGCAACACAAUCAAGAUGAAAUGUUAGACUAUAAGAAGGAGACAGAAAUGUUGAUUUGUUGGUUGAAGAGCGUUCUGAUUUGUACAAACGUGAUGGAGGGAACAGGAAAUUAAAAUAACCACUUUUAUUAAA